CCAACAGAGAUAUUCGCUGUCGUUACAACCGCAGUGUUUCCCAACAAAAUGGGACUGCUAAACGAAUCAGUCACCCCCCUGUCUCACAAAGACACCAUGAAAUAUGCCCAGCACGUGAGGGAGCAUGGCAUCACCCAGUUCAUAAACCUGUACAAACGGCUAAAAGAUAGACAGGGCGACGUACUGAAAUGGGGAGACGAAAUAGAAUACUCCAUAAUCAAAUUCGACCACGACCGAGAAGAAGCAAAGGUAAGUCUUCGAAGUUUCGAAGUGCUCGGCUCCCUGAAUGAGAAGCAAAAGGAAGAAGAAGAGGCAGCGGCUCUAUGGGGGCCGGAAUACGCAGCCUACAUGAUAGAGGGCACUCCGGGCAAGCCGUACGGGGGUUUGCUGGCGCACUUCAAUGUCGUGGAGGCCAAUAUGAAGCAUAGGAGGAAAGCGGUUGGUUGUUGCUUGGAAUCUGAUGAAGCUUUAAUGUCUAUAACCACAUUUCCAAGAUUGGGCUGCGAGAACUUUUCAUAUCCAUCUGCGAAGGUGACCCCAAAUGAAGGACUGACGGGAUCGUUAUUUAUCCCAGACUCCAUAAUACAUCCUGGCCAUCCUAGAUAUAGGAACACUACUAAUAAUAUAAGGCAAAGGAGAGGGGAAAAACCUAAUAUAAACUUGCCAAUAUUCAUGGACGAAAAUACUAACAUCCCAGUAGAUAAUUCCCAUGAACUCGAGAAAAACGCCCUUCCCGACUGUGUUUACUUGGACGCUAUGGGUUUUGGAAGCGGGUAUUCCUGUUUGCAAGUCACUUUCCAAGCUUGCAACAUCACCGAAGCAAGAGUAUUAUACGAUCAACUAGCGCCUUUUUGCCCGAUAUUGAUGGCUUUGACAGCAGCAGCUCCGUUCCACAGAGGUUUCAUCACCGAUAUUGACUGUCGGUGGGAUAUUCUAAAAAACACUUCCGACUGUCGUACUGAGGAAGAACGAGGACUAAAACCUCUGAAAAAUAAUAAAUUCGUUAUACCAAAAUCUCGUUACGAUUCAAUAAAUUCCUAUCUAUCACCCGGUAGUGAAAUAUAUAACGACGUACCUCUUUUAUAUCACCAGGAAGAUUUUGAGAAACUGUUGCAGAAUGGCGUUGACGAACUGCUCGCGAAACAUAUCGCUCACCUGUUCAUCAGGGACACCAUUUCAAUGUUCGCAGAAAAGAUACACCAGGAUGAUGAAGAGGAAACUGAUCAUUUCGAGGUAAAUAUUCAGUCAACAAACUGGCAGACGUUGAGGUUCAAACCACCACCCCCGAAUACGGAUAUCGGUUGGAGGGUUGAGUUUAGACCGUGCGAUGUUCAAAUUACAGAUUUUGAAAACGCUGCCAUCGUUUGCUUUCUAGUUCUUCUAACGAGGGUUAUUCUUUCUUACGAGCUUAACUUCUUGAUACCAAUCACUAAGAUUGACGAAAACAUUUCCAAUGCUCAAAAAAGAAAUGCUGUGAUAGAAGAAAAGUUUUGGUUCAGGCAUACCGUAAAUGAAAAAAACGAAUCCGUUGGUGUUCAAUUUGAGAAAAUGACUGUUAACGAAAUCGUCAAUGGAAAGAAAGAUCAAUUUCCCGGACUCAUACCAAUAAUAAAUAGUUAUUUGAGCAACAUGGAAGUGGAUGCAGAUACACACUGCACCAUACAGCAGUAUUUGAAAUUGAUUGAAGGUAAAGCAUCGGGAAAAAUAUUAACUGCAGCGUCGUGGAUGCGCAAAUUUGUUUUGGAACAUUCAGAUUACAGGAAAGAUUCGAAAGUGACGGAGAAAAUCAACUACGAUCUUCUUAGAGCAAUGGUAGCAAUAGAGACAGGAGAACAAUCUUGUCCAGAACUUUUAGGUUGCCACAGCAAAUCGAGGACUUGCGAAAAGAUUCCUACAGCUCUCAUCAACGGUUAUAACCAGUAACCCAGAAUAUAACAUGAGAAUAAAGUAUUAUCAAACAGA